GGGGCGUGUAUUGUCCCAGGCAGGAUGCUGUAGUCAGUGCGCCUCCCUCUCUUUCCCCUCCCCCUCCAGAGCGGAUGAUGUCAUCCGAUGGAAUGUUUACAUUGUAGCAGAAACUGACGGCGUUCCAUUUCCAUUGUUGAAUGGUUACAUUCUUUCCCCGGGGUUCCAUCAGUCUUCGAUCCUCACCCGAAGGAUACACACGGGGUCACGCACACACACACAGAGCGGCUUAUCCUGCGGGCCACCAUGAACUGCAGGUCGCAGAUCCUGGAGCUCACCGUGGAAGCCAGACAGAUCGAGGAGACCGUUCUGGCCGUGCUCCACACCGUGCUGCUGCACAGGAGCUCGGGCAAGUUCCACUACAAGAAGGAGGGCACCUACUCCAUCGGCACGGUGGGCACCGAAGACGUGGACUGCGAUUUCGUCGACUGCACCUACGUGCGGGUCUCGUCCGACGAGCUGGAUCGCACGCUGCGUCGAUCAGUAGGCGAGUUUAAGGAUGCCCUUCGUAAUUCUGGAAGUGAUGGGAGUGGUCAAAUCUCCCUAGAGUUCUACCAGAAGAAGAAAUCACGCUGGCCAUUCUCAGAUGAAUGCAUUCCAUGGGAGGUGUGGGCAUUCAAACUCAAUGUGGUAAACCUGGCCAAUGAGCAAGAGAGGCAGAUCUGCCGUGAGAAGGUGGGCGAAAAACUGGGCGAGAAGAUAAUCAAUAUCAUUGAGGUCAUGAACCGACACGAGUACUUGCCCAAAAUGCCUACGCAGUCAGAGGUGGACAAUGUUUUUGACACAAGCCUGAGGGAUGUGCAGCCGUACCUGUACAAAAUAAGCUACCAGAUCACUGAUUCUCUUGGGACAUCCGUUAGCACUACAAUGAGGAGAUUGAUCAAAGACACACUGGCUUUAUAAUCAGUCCAAAAAACUAUCAAGGAAGCAGCUGACACUCAUGCAUUCUUGACUCCUUUCCCCUGAGCUUUCCAUUCUGCUGCUUUUACUUUUAUCUGUUUAGCUAGUAUUGGGAAGUCAAUCUGUUUUGAAAUAUCACUGGAUUCUAUGCAUGAUUUCUUAUGAAACUUCAUACAGUCAUGCUUAGCACCUAGGAGAUUUUUCCAAGCUUACAUAUAUUUAUUUUGUUGAAAUCGUCAGGAAAAGUUGUACAUUACUGGAAAUGGCUCCAAAAAGGAGUAGUAUUAUUAGGACAGCUAAGUUUGAGGAAUCUACUCAAACUCUUGGUAAAUCAAAUAACCGAAAUUGCCUCCACCACUGGAAACAUCUUGUUUUUUUUGAGGACAACAGGCAAGGAUGUGGUGGGACUUGCAAAUAAUUCUCUUCAGAAUGGAACAGCCAAACUAAACACACAUUGCCUUGGCUCCCACUUAGCGGACUGCCACUGAGAGGUAACUGAUGACUGCUGUCACCAUGAACUGUACCCCAGGAUGUCCUAUUUAAUACAUUCAGUUGAAAGCAUACAGUGGAGGAAAAGGGGGUUGAGUUAAAAAGAUGGAUGUGAAAAUGUUUGAAACGUUAGUGGAGGCAGCAUUUUGGAAUUAAUUUUGGGGGCCUUGUUUUAAUUUUUGUAAGGCAUAAUUCUCUGUAAUAAAACUGAAUAAACUAAAAAUCUUUUUAGUAACUUUAUGACACUUGCUGGUUCUGGGUAGCUCACCUGUUUGACACAUUUGGAGGACCUCUUUGACCUUUUUUUUCUGCAAAGCACCAACAACUUGGACCUAGAUAAUCCUAUAAAGGAGAGUGGAAAAAUAAGUGGUGGGAAAAAUUCCAAAGCACAGAACAUAAUGACUGGAAACCAUGCCAUUGUUGGUGGAAUUAGUUUCAUCAGGAUUAUCACAAACUAUCCAAGUGAUUCUUAGGAAAUUUUUGUACAUAAUUUCUAGUGUUAAUUUCAAUUCAGUUUCUUUAUAUUGUUAAUAAGUUAGUCAAAACGUGUUUGCUUUCAAAAAUCAGUUGAAACAAACUUGUUUUUGAACAUUUUCCCCAUUUGCAACAAGAGAUGAGAAAGAUCUUUGUAUCCCCAAUGGCUGAGGGCACAACAUGAUGUGCAUUGGAACUUCUUUGUUUCUGGUUUUUGAUUAGCAGAUGCCCGACAUACAUUAAAAAUCCAUUAUUAGGCUUAAGAAUCUCCAAACUAAACUAUAGGAAAAGUUACAAACACAGAAGACAGCACAUCCUCUUCAUAAUAGCUCAAGCACAGGGUGACAUUAUAUAAAGCUCAAUGUGUUGGAGAAUGCAAAAUAUAUUGCAAGAACUUAAGCAGUUAAAACCAUCAGGACCCCCACUGUGGAAUCAUUAGUAAGCUUCCUGGUUCUUGUCAAGAAAGGACCACUGUACUUAGCUGGAGUUGUGGGCAAUUCUGACCAGGGUUGCUCAUCCCUAAUUGCCUCUCUGGGCCAUUGCUGGGGCAGUUAAGAGUUAACUACCAUGUGGGUCCAGAAUCAUACACAGACUUAGCAAGCAUAGCAGCAGAUUGCUUUCUCUAAAGGACAUUAGUGAACCAAAUGGGUUUUUAAUGGCAGUUGAUGAUAAUUUCAUGGUUUGUCACCAUCACUGAGAUUAGCCUUUAAUUCAUUCUUUGUUAAUUAACUGAAUUUGAAUUUACCAGUUGCCAUGGUGGGGUUUAAACCCAUGUCCCCAGAACAUUUGUCUGGGGUCUGGGAUUACCAGGUCACUGACAAUAUCAGUAUGCCAUCUUCUCCUAUUAUGUAAGAAGUCUGGCAGAUCCAAUUUAUGUCAAUCCCACCAAACCUGCUUUCAACGUUUUUUUGAGGGAAGGCUAUCCUAGAGCACUGUGAGUCUAUUUGGCUUAGAAUCUUCUAUGAUUCUAUAAUGCUAUGUGUGGAAGCAGGUCAUUUGGCAUCUUUGUUUUAAAUCUUCUACCCUUAUCCAGUGGGUCCACAACAACAUACAGAAGAGCAUCCCAUCCAGACCCACACCCCUAAGCUAUCCCUGUUACCCUGCAUUUCCCAUGGCCAACCCACCUAGCCUGCACAUCCCUGCAUGUUAUGGACAAUUUCCCAUGGCCAAUCCAUCUAACCUGCACAUCUUUGGACUGUGGGAGCACCCGGAGGAAACCCAUGCAGACACAGGGAGAAUGUGCAAAUUGCACACAGAUUGUCCCCUGAGGAUGGAAUCAAAGCUGGGCCCUAGCUCUGAGUUAGAACUGCAAACCACUGAACCACCAUGCCACUCAUAAAGUGUGUAGACACGAGGCUUUAUUCUGAAGUAUCAUUGGCAAGCACAUCAUCUUAAAACCACCUUGACCGCAAAAACACCCCACCAGAACUAAAAUGAUGGUCACUAAGAAUGUAAGAACUAGGAGCAGGAGUCGGCAAUUCAGACCCUUGAGCCUGCUCCACCAUUCGAUACAAUCAUGGUUGAUCUUAUCUCGGCCACAACUUCAUUUUCCUGCCGACUCUCCAUUAACCUUCAACCUGUUACUGGUUAAAAAUAUGUCUAUCUUCUCAAAUUUACUCAGCAUUCACAACACUGGUAGUGAAUUUCACAGGUUCACAACCCUUUGAGAGAAUUAACUUCUCUGCAUCUUUGUUUUAAAUCUUCUACCCUUAUCUGUUCACUGCUAUCCCUUAUCCAUUAGUUCAUCAUUGGGCAGUAGGCGAGCAUGGGUGACCAUGAUAACAGGACAAGUCACCAAAUUCGCUCCACUAAAGGCAGUACAAAUCCAUGCAAUGGUCAAAUUUGAUUUUGUCUUAGUCGGGAGAUUAUUAGCUAGUUUCAGCUGAGGUGUACGGAAGUGUCUUCACUUGGUCUCAGAGACCAUUGGCAAUGGAGGGAGCAAAGGAAAAUAUAGUGCCAGGCUUCCUACCUUUGGGCACUAUCUAGUGACUUGCUGAAAAUGCAGGCUUUUGUACAAGAGCUGACUAAGCUCUGAUGGUUUUUGCAUCUAACUAGCCACAAAAAGUCAUUGAGUUAAAGCAUAAAAAUUAAUAUUUAGGGGAUGAAAUGGAACACUGUUCUCGUGCACUAUUCCACAGCCACUAAUCAGGGCCGUCUGAAUGGGAACAAAGGGAAAAAGCAGGUGAGUGUGAGGGGAGGGUUGUGGGGAGGAAUGAUGCCUGAAUUGCAAUGCUCAAUUAUAUUCUUCAUGCUGAAGCUAGUAGCCUGACAAGUGUAGAUAUGCAUAUGAGAAAAAUAUUAGUUAUAUGAUUUUGAAUAUGUUGUAUAUAUUUUAAAUUAGAAUGCCCAAUAUUGUGCAAUACAAUGGAUUCUCUCUCAGCACAAUUGUUGUCUAAUAUUGUCUUUAAUGUGCCAUGUAGCAAAGCAAAAUAAAUUGUAUAUAAUAAGCUAGAAAAUUGUUAAUGCACUGAUACAAGUCUCUCAAAUUUGACCAUGAAAGAGAUUUAUAGGAAUUUAAGCAAGUGUAAAUGUUCUUCUGAGAAAAAAAUAAAGUUAUGUUUUUAUACAAGGAAA